GUCGCGCGCUGGUGACGCAGCUGUGCCUAAAAAAGCUCUCAGCGCUGAACAUGGCGGUGCUGCUGAGAGGUCUGCGAGCUGGAAGGGCACUGCGGGGGCUGAGCAGCGUGGUGGCUGCACCAACUGCAGUGAAGCCCCAGUGCAGCAGCCUGAGUCGAGGCUUCCACCGCGCAGCGCUGAGGCUUCAGGAUGAAUCCAAAUCUGACAAACCCCCCUCCUCUUCAUCCACAACCUACCAUGAGCACUACCAGGCUCACUCUACUGAGCAGGACGCAACCUCACAGGAAGAAUCAGCAUCUGACCCGGCAGCUGAGGAGGCUGCCAGGCCAAACACCAGUUACCAGGACCAGAGCGGAGAGCAGGGGGAGGAAUACGAAACAGAGGAGCAGCUUCAAGCUCGAAUCCUGACUGCUGCUCUGGAGUUCGUCCCGCUGCACGGCUGGUCGAUGGAAGCCAUCGCGGCUGCUUCUGAGACACUGGGCCUGUCCUCUGCUUCCAGUGGUAUGUUCAUUAACGGAGCUGGAGAUUUGGUUCUACACUUCAUUGCCCAGUGCAACUCACAGCUGACUGAGAUCCUGGCAGAACAACACAACCAGGUCCAGCUGGGCCAGGCUGAACCAAAGGAGACUGCUGACUUUCUCAGAGAUGCCGUCGAGACCAGACUGAGGAUGUACAUCCCCUACAUUGAAACAUGGCCACAGGCGAUGAGCAUCCUGCUCCUUCCUCACAACAUCCCAGACAGCCUGAAGCACCUCUCCACCCUGGUGGAUGACAUCUGGUACUACGCUGGAGACCGAUCCACAGACAUGAACUGGUACACCAAACGGGCAGCGCUGACGGGCAUCUAUAACACCACAGAGCUGGUGAUGCUGCAGGACUCCUCUCCAGACUUCCAGGAGACCUGGAACUUCCUUGAUAACCGCAUUCAGGAUGUUGUCAACAUGGCAACCACUGCCAAACAGGUGCAGUCGACUGGUGAAACAGUGGUGCAGGGGCUCAUGGGAGCUGCUGUUACACUGAAGAACCUCACAGGACUGAACCAGAGACGAUGAUGUAAAAUAUGUCUCCCUCACUCCGAUCUUGACUGUCUGGCUUGUGUCAUGAGCUGAAGAUCUAUAUUCUUUUUGCUCUUAUUUCUGAUUAAUUAUAAGAGUCAGAAGGUAUUGGAUUAUGGAAUAUUUUUCCAGCAAGGGAAAACUCUUAUAUGUCACAGGCCGUUGUGACAGGCCUCUUUCUGUUCACGCGUAAGACCAAUGGCUUGUCUUGUUUCACUGUCCAAGAUUUCACCCUCCCGCUCAGAUUAUUUGUUCUCUUUGGACAAAAUACUCUGUCAUUUAUUUGUUGGACCGAGACUUCAAUAAAGUAGAUAUAUAUAUAUUGUAUAUUAAA